UGUCGUGUAGAGACGUAUCUGCCGCCUAGUGCGAGUCCUUUCCAUGUGUGAGCGGUUUAACAUCUCGCCCUUUGCUUUCACUUUCCCCUCAAAACCGAUGUUCUGGAGAGGGGAAUGUACAUGGUGAAGGCCCAGGUUUGUUAAUAGUGAUGCCCAAGUGGAUUAUACUUCGGUUGGUGAAGGCAGAGGAAGGGAAAUAGAGGAGGAAAGAGUGGCUACUGCCCCGAUUGGAUAAGGGGUUGUCAGUGCAUCACGGCUGAGAAUGGCAUAACACUGAGAGGAAAAAGGACUGUGUGCUGUGCUAAUAUUGAUACUUAAUACAUAUGGAGCUGCAUUAAGGAGAUGUUAGGAAAGGAGUCUUUGGAGGGCAAUUAUCAUCCGUUAUUGAUCGGUCUGUGAAACCAUGUGAUACGUCGUCUUGCAUGGGCAUUUUAGAACUCUGGUUAGUGUUAGACGGCUCAUUCCUUCCGUUUCCCCCGUUCGCCUUAAAUGGCGGCUGCUAGCCUUAGCAGUUAGGAGGUUUCUGGACAUCGAGAAUUUCCUAGUUCGCUUGUUCUUCAUUUUGCAGUGCUAUGUCCUACAUACGCGGCGCGUUCAUUCAGACCUCUCGGUUCUUCUAGUGGGUGCUGUUCGCUUUUGACCAAAUAAGAAGACGACCUUUAAAAAUCACAAAAUGCUGUCAAUGAAAUGUUAGAAAAUAUUGGGAAAAAUAUUGAUAACUGAAUUAAUAUAUGUCCAAAGGGGGAAAACAAAGGAAAAGGGAAAGCACAGAAGGAAUCGUCAAUCAAACCUGCUAGCAAACCGACCGAGGGCGGCGAGGCUCACUGCCGGGCUCGAGGAAACUCGGGACGAUCAUGCCAGGAAUCGUUGUCUUCCGCCGCCGAUGGUCGGUGGGAUCGGACGACCUGGUCGUCCCGGGCGUCUUCCUUCUGAUCCUCCACUCUAUAUGGCUUGUGGUCUUGUCAGUGAUAUACGGCGUCGUAGGAACCCGCGAGGAGGGUUAUGCCUGCUGGUCGGGCCUGCGGGAGCACGUGGUCGGCUACCUCGUUAUUCUCUCGGGCUGCGUGGUGGUCGAAUUCUGCAUUGCGCACGUGGCCAUGCGUGGGACCAUCCUGGACCCUUCACCGAGGGCGUCCAUGCAGUACCUCCUCUACGUCAGGCUAUGUGUGCUGGUCGCAGAGCUGGUGUGGGUCGUGCGCGGUGUGGUGUGGCUCAGCCAGCACUAUCAGACCUGCACGUCACAGGCAGCGAAAGAUGCCAUUUUAGGUAUUGUAGUGUGUAACUGGUGCGUCCUCGUGAGCGUGGUGAUCACAGUGUGGUGCACCUUCGACGCUGCCGGCCGCAGCUGGGUCAAGAUGAAGCGCUACCAGCGCUCCAUGCGCGACUCGCACUCCAAGUUCCAGUACAGGAGAUCUGGCAACAGAAACCGUAACUGGAGGCAGAGGAAAGUGCUGAGAGCGUAUCAGGAUAGCUGGGAUCACAGAUGUCGUCUGCUAUUCUGUUGCAUGGGAAAAUCUGACGAUGCCAGAAAUUCCUUCAGCGACAUCGCGCGUUUGUUGAGCGAGUUCUUUCGAGAUCUGGACGUGGUCCCGUCGGACGUGGUGGCGGGGCUCGUCCUCCUGCGAAAGUACCAGAAACUCAAUCGGCAAGACAUUGUCAAAAGCUCCAAGAACGAUGUCUACGAGUUUCUGUCUGGGGUCCCUAUUACGCCCAGGACGAGGUUCCUCCAGCUGUCAUCACUCGAGGGCAAGGAGGAGUUUGAAAAAAUCGUGCAUUAUAUGCGGUUCGCUUUGGCCAUCUACGGAUGGCCCAUGUUCGUGGUGAGCAGCAGCUCCAUUGAAGUGUGCAAGAUGUGUCCUCUUCUCAAAUGUUGGCGAUGCUGCUUUUCCUCCGAGGGCGAGCCAGAAGUUGUCGAGGAUAAUUGCUGUGGCUGCAACGUGGCUGCCUUCAGGAUGAUGGCGCCUUCAGAAGGGAUGGACCUCGUCUACGUCACUUACCACGUAGAUGUCGGCGAGACGCCGUUCUUCGUUGCCCUGGACCAUCGCAGGAGGGCCAUCGUUAUUAGCAUCCGAGGCACUUUGUCUAUGAAAGAUGUGAUCACGGACCUGAACGCCGAGAGCGAGCCUCUGCCAAUGGACACCAUUAAGGAGGAUUGGCUGGGGCACAAGGGCAUGGUGUCUGCUGCAGAGUAUAUCCGGCGCAAGUUGAGGGAGGACGACAUCUUGAACCGCGCCUUCCGCUUCGACACAACCCGGGGGACGCAGCUGUAUGACCUAGUUUUGGUGGGACACUCCCUAGGCGCUGGGACGGCAGCCAUCCUGGCCAUCCUUCUCAAGCAAGAGCACCCGAACCUUAGCUGCUUUGCUUAUUCGCCCCCAGGGGGACUCUUAAGCAUGCCAGCUGCAGAAUACACUCGAGCUUUCAUCACUUCAGUUGUAGUUGGGAAGGACGUGGUGCCUCGGAUUGGCCUGCACCAAAUGGAGGCCAUGAGAGCUGACCUCAUCAAUGCAAUCCAGAGAUCUCGAGACCCCAAGUGGAAGACCAUUGCUUCGUCGGUUCGUUGUUGCGGGGCGUGGGAGGACAGCGGGGGCGAAGCCGAGGAGUUUUCCACCACGAGAGCCGCCAUGAGGGACCACGCCUCUCACCCGUCCGACUCCUCGAUCGCCCUCACGGUGCACCAGCCGCUGUUUCCCCCCGGCAGGAUUCUACAUGUCGUCCGCCAUCACCCCAACAAGAGGCAGCAGAAAUAUGACCCGAGGUGGAGGCGAUGGAUGCGGACGCCCAAGCCCGUGUACCAGGCCGUUUGGCGGGACAACCAAGACUUCGACGAGGUGCUCAUUUCGCCGUGCAUGAUCCAGGACCACAUGCCCGACCAGGUCCUCAAGGCGCUCGAAAAGGUGCUGGAGAAUCCGGGCCCGACGAAGCCCCAGCGGAUGUCGGACAGCCCAGCUCGCCGGAAGAGUGAUGGCCUCAUUCCUGAGGGUGGAGAAACGCGCAGGCUUCUCUCCUCGCGCCCGCACACGCCCACCAGUCUUUUGCCUCACCAAACGACGCCUGCAGAAGAGACUCUUAGGGUGACCCCACUUAAUAACGUUCCCCUUUCGUCAAAUCCCACUGCGUCAAAUAGCGGGAAUCGUUUGGCGACUCCGCCGCAUAAGCUCCUCCUCGAAACUUCCUUCACCUGCUCGCCUGUCACCUCGCCGGAGCCUGCUCUGGACCUCCGCAAGACGGCUCACGUUCACUCACCAGCUAUUACAUGGGAACUCUUAUCGGCUCUUGAGGAACAGCUGCUCCUCGGCGUCAGGGAAUCGACGCGAGGAUCGCUAGAGCGCGGAGAGGACUGGCUGGCGGGGGUGGCACCGCUUGCCUCGCCUGAAACGUUGAGCGAAGCCUCAAGUGUGGUGUCGCGAGCAUCUCUCUUGCUUAGGGAAGGUAGGAGAGCUUCGUCAGCCCUACAGCCCUUGCAUCAGUCCCCGGUUCUAAACCAUCGUCUGCCCCUUUCGCGUAUUGGUACUGGGUACUGCUUUUACGUGGAGACUCCACCUUUGGAUUCCAGGCGCCAGAUACUGCCAGCAGCAGAGCAACUUCCCGAGUCUUCUGACGACGAGGAGAUCAGUCCGCACUCCAUUACCCCAACUACUUUCAUCACCAUUGAUCCCAUCAUGCCCACGCCCCCCACGCCACGAAGAGGUGACAGGGACGACUCGGAUAGUUCCCUCCAUCUGAAUACCACGCCCGUUAUAUUGGGCGAGGACCCCGAGGCUGACUCCGUGCAGGGAGUCUCCGCUCUGAUGUCAGAAACCGUCCAUGACAACUCAGAAUUAGUGUGCAUAUCGAAAGAGAAGGAAGAGCAGGAGGCAGAGAAAGUUCCCGAUAGCAGAAGUACAGCAGGUACACCUGACUCUCCAGAGAGUGGUCCUAGUCGAGCCUCGUCAUCGGGAUCCUCUCGAAGUUCACAUAGGGUUAAGUUUGACUUGACAACCUCACAGAUGUCGCGGGACUCAGGUUAUGGCGAGAAGCUCAAUGGUUACGAGACUCUCUGCGCCAACAGCGGCGACUGGGGUAUCCAGACCUCGCCCUGGGGAGGCCAUCAGCAGGAAUAUGGACGCGGACAACCGUCAUUAGUGCACCACUAUGUGUACUCAGGGGUGUCGCCUCAGUUGUCCCCUUCCUCGCCAGCUAACACUGACUCCUUCACCUCCCCACUCACUUCAGACCCGCCAUUGUCUCGCCAGCCCUCCCUCUUGCCAACACCUGUUGAUAUACCACAAAUUUCUACGGCCAUGUCAAGCCAUUCGGCUCUCUUCUCGACCCAGCCACUCCACCCUUUGUAUAAGGCCACCCCUCUCUUGCACGACAUUUCUCGAAGUCCCAAAUCUGUGACUGUUGUUACAGACCGACCGACACAAAGAGCAGAGAGCAGUGUAUAGUGCUACUGUAGAUAAAGAACUAGUUGUAAGUUGUUGAUGAAUCUAGUUAGGAAUCAUAAUGUCAGUGCAUAUAUAUUCUAGUCAUUUUGCGACAAAAAGUUCUGAAUUGUUAUGUUAUGUUUUCUUUGUGAUGUGGUGCAACUUUUUAAUAAUUGUAUGGAUAUCGAAUGAGCUAAUAUCAAUAUGAUUCUUUUCAAGAAAUAUAUGUAUAUAGUAUUAUUAUUAUUGCAAAAA